AGUAUCAACGUAUCGCUCUACGAAGUCGAUCGUAGUUUAUCUACGAAUUAUCAUUUCUAAACGUCAUUCGACAAUAUGAGCGUAGAAGGAUAAUUAUCGAUUACGCGAUGCAACGAAAUUUAAUGAAGAAUAAUAAACUAAAACAAAUUUUAUUAUAAUACAUAAAACUUGAAAAUCAAAUUAUUUGCAAAUAUGAGUGGUGGAGGAAAUAAUAGAAGCCUUUUUAGUUAUGAAACACUAGUCCACGCAAUAUCCGGCGCUGCCGGUGGCGUUGUUGCUAUGGCAGCAUUCUUUCCUUUAGAUACAGUGCGAAGUAGAUUACAACUGGAAGAAGAUCGAGAAUCGAAAAGUACACUCGCAACGAUACGAGACCUCGUUGCAAAGGAAGGACCGGCAACCUUAUAUAGAGGAAUGAUACCCGUUCUUCAAAGUUUAUGUGCCAGUAAUUUUGUUUAUUUCUACACAUUUCACGGCUUAAAAAUGUUGAGAACAAGUAGAAAUCAAACAGCUGGAAAUGAUUUACUGGUUGCAUCGAUCGCAGGUGUGAUUAAUGUCCUAUCAACGACACCGUUAUGGGUAGUAAAUACUAGACUGAAAAUGAGAGGCGUCGGCCAUAUACAAGAUAGAAGCAACAAUGAAUAUGAUUCAUUGUAUGCUGGCCUUCUAUACAUAUGGAAACAUGAAGGACUGGGAAAACUUUGGGUCGGGACAUUCCCAAGCUUGAUGCUAGUUAUGAAUCCAGCCAUUCAGUUUAUGACUUAUGAAACUAUUAAAAGAAGAAUUCUCGCAUCUUACCAUGGGUCACAAUCAUCUGCAUGGAUUUUCUUCGCCAUUGGUGCCGUAGCCAAGACAAUAGCAACUGCACUAACUUAUCCAUUACAAUUAGUUCAAACGAAAUUGAGACAUGGCCAUAAGUAUCCAAACUUACCAAUAAACGCUAGCAGCUUAGAAAUUCUAUUUUACAUACUAAAAAAACAAGGAAUAGCGGGACUGUAUAAAGGAAUGGAAGCUAAACUAUUGCAAACCGUUCUUACAGUGGGAUUAAUGUUUUUAACUUACGAAAAGAUUGCUAGAUUUGUUUUCCGUCUUCUUUUACAUAAAUCAAUGCGUCAAACGACGGAGCAUAAAAAUAUUUAUAACAGUUCUACAUAUAUCUGGAAAAUGUGAACUCAAGCACUGAGAAUACUGGCGAAUCUCAAGAAAACACACUUUCGGUUUAAGUCGCAUUUUUAUCAUCAAUCUAAUCAUUCCACACCGCCUGAAGAGCAGACGCAAAAAAUCGAGCCACAAUGGAGUAAUAAGCAACUCGAACACAUAAAUUCUGUUAAUCAAAAUAGUUUGACGUUGAAGAAGAUCAAGCAUAAAUCCACAAAGACAAUUCUAAGAUUCUGGAAUAAACUGAAGCCUCGUAAAAACGUGAGAAGGAAACUAGAACUUACUACGAGCGAAUC